GCACGCGCGUUGUGUCUUGCCUGUCUCUCUCAGUCGGUUGCUGAAGAACGCCAUUUUGUCCUGGGCCUUUAUUUUUCGUUAGAGUGAAACGGCACUGUUUACACAAGUCCACAAUCAGUUAUUUUUGUAGCCAUGGCUGAGAGCUCAUCGGCAGGUGAACCGGUACCGGCUGAGGGGCAGGAGGUGACCGGAGUUCGUAAGAUAUCAGAAUUGAGAGUUAUCGACUUGAAAGCUGAAUUAAAAAGACGAAACCUAGACACCAGUGGCAACAAGAGUAUGCUCUCGGAGCGGCUGAAAAAGGCAAUUGAAGAAGAAGGCGGAAAUCCAGAUGAGGUGGCGGUCGUAGGGGAUGCAGGUCCGAAGAAGACCCCAAAACGAUCUACCAAAGGGAAAAGACAGGAGACCGAUGGAGCUGAUGACUGCACAAUUGAAGAGGAUUCUGUUGACGGACAGACCAAUGAGAGACGUGACCUUUUCCUCCAGGAUGACUCCGAGAUGAACCUAGACAGCCUGCAGGAAAUGGACAUCAUGGACAUGAGCGUCCUGGACGAAGCCGACAUCGACAACGGCAUUCCGGCCGACUGCGAGGACUACGACGCCGAUGAAAUCCUGGAUUCGCUGUCCAACGACGGCAACCCGGACGCCGCUCCAGAGGAACCCACCACUGACCACGAAAACGCCAAUGAGUCCGACUCCCUGGAUGUGCAGGCCGAGCAGAAGCCGGACGAUGAAAUGCUGGAGGCCGAUGUUGAUGACCUGGACUCAAAAGAAGAGGACGGAACCUGCCUGUCGUCUAAAGAGGAGUUGGACCAGGAGGCAGAAGCCCUAAAAGAAGAAGAAAAUGAGAAAGUAGCCGGGUCUUGUAUAUCUGAGCCACUUAACGACGAGCUACUGGAUCUGCCAUCCGAAGAAGAGCCAACUGCCAUCGAGGCCUCUGUGAAUGUCGCCGAGGACGAAAGCUUAUUCCAGGCCGAUAAAGCGGACGAUGCCCUCAAUUUGGAGAGCGAAGUGUCGGCUAGCGACAUUGAACAGACUGAAGAUAAACUAAACGAAAGCGAGUCUAAAGACAAGGAAAAACGCAAUGUUCAAGAAGACGUUACGGACACAGAAAGCGCGGGCGCUCGGGUCGCUAGCGUGAGCGAACGGGGUUCAAACGAAAGCGAAUGCGCUGGUGAGUCCGAAAUGGACUCGAAGGCCGAGGCCGAGGCAGAAACCGCGAAGACCGAAGAGAACGCUGCGGAACCGCCGGCAGCGAAAGAGUCCUCUUCUGUUGAGGGCGGUGAUCAGAAAAAGAGUUCUGAUGAGGAAAAGGGUGUUAAGCCUGAGUCAAAAGAUGAAAAAGCCCCGGCUGGUGGUGCUGCAGCGAGCAGUGGAAAGAAUCUGUGGGUUAGUGGACUGUCUUCCACCACCAGAGCGACUGAUCUGAAGAAUCUGUUCAGCAAGUAUGGGAAGGUGGUGGGCGCUAAGGUGGUGACGAACGCGCGGAGCCCCGGCGCCCGUUGCUAUGGCUUUGUGACGAUGAGCUCCACUGACGAGGCCACCAAGUGCAUCAGCCACCUGCACCGCACCGAGCUGCACGGCCGCAUGAUCUCCGUGGAGCGGGCUAAAAAUGAACCAGCGGGAAAGAAGCCAGCAGACAAAAGCGAUCCUAAGAAGUCCGGGAAUGACCGAAGGCACUCUUCUGAGUCCAAGUCUGAAAAGUCCGACGCCAAGGAUGAAAAGGCUGAAGGCGGGGAAGCAGGGAAAGAUGGCAAAGGGGCCGAAAGGACCGUUGUGAUGGACAAAUCCAAGGGCGAGCCUGUCAUCAGCGUGAAAACCAAAAGCAAAGAACGGAGCUCCAAGAGCCGGGACCGCAAGUCUCCCAGCAAGGAGAAGAAGGACAUCCUGUCCUUCGACCAGAUCAAGGAGCAGCGGGAGCGGGAGAGACAGAGGCAGCGUGAGCGUGAGAUCCGGGAGGUGGAGCGCCGGCGCCACUCCGGCGAGCGGGACCGGGAUAACCGGGACAGCCGGGCGGAGCGGGAGCGGAUCCGGCUCUUCCGGGAGAAGGAGGAGCGGGAGCGGCUGCUGCGGAAGCGCAGCUGGCUGGAGGUGGAGAAGCAGCGCCUGGACGCCGACCGCAUGGAGCGCGAGUUCCUGGAGCGGGAGCGCAUGCGCGUGGAGUACGAGCGCCGCCGGGAGCAGGAGCGCAUCCACCGGGAGCGCGAGGAGCUGCGCCGCCAGCAGGACCAGCUGCGCUUCGAGCAGGACCGCCGGCCGCUCAAGAGGCCCUACGACGUGGACGGACGGAAGGACGACUGGCACGCAGACAAGCGGAUGGCCAUGGACGACCGCUACGGCCGCUCAGACUUCGGUCGCCAGGAACGCUACCAAGACUUUGACCACAGGGAUCGCGGGCGCUAUCAGGACGACAUUCUCCCCGACAGGAGGGAUGGGCCACGGGGGAUGGCGGGAGACAGAGACGGCCAGCAUUUCUCAGACCGUGGGGACAGGCACGGGCGAGACUCCCGGGACAACUGGGGUGGUUACGAGAAACGAGCCCUCAAUCCGUCGAGGGAAGGCCGGGAUUGGGACGCACGCAAAAUGGACGGUGACAGACCCUGGCAAGGUGGAGACCGAGGCCUCCCAGGGCAGGGUCACAUACAGAGAGGAGGGAUGGCAGGGCGCGGGGGCUACAUGCAGGGGGGCACGUCACAGGGCCUGUCGGGGGCGCUGAAUCGGCAGAACCAGAUGAUGCAGGGCGGGGGUAUGCAGGGUGGGGCCUUCGGCCGGCGUUACUGACCGUAAAAUGUCCGCCGUCUCCCGUGCCCGCCCCCCCCCUUGUUUGAGUGUAGUAGUGUUCCCUUCGCCAGCGUACAUACUGCUUCCCCGAGCUCUAUUGAUUCAGACGUUACUUUUGUAGUCCUCUCCGGAUUCCCACACCGAGAAACAAGCCACCGCCCACCAGCCUGGUUCAGCAUACCUGGGUUUUAAAUGUCACCCGUGUUCCGUUCACUUUCUUUUCUCUCCCCCCCCCCCCCCCCCCCCCCACGUUUAAAUGGAAAAAAACAAGUCGAUGUGAAAAUACACUUGCGCAUUUUUUUUUUUUCUUUAUUUUUUUUUUUUUUUCUAUUUUCAUGUCUUUUAAGUGAUGAAGGUUGAAGUCGAAUCUUGAGAAAUGCUCAGGAACGUUUCACAGUGCUUAGUUGGACUGGACACUGUGGCUUGGGGUGAACUUUGUUAUGGACAUUUAUUUAGCUCGAUAAUGAACAUGCAAUAUUGGAUGUGUUUCAAUAAACUACCUUGAAUUGUAA